AAAAUAACUUACAGGUGCAGUCACUAUCGCCUGCCGUGCAAGGGGGCCUGUGAAUUCGUUUUCAGGCUUCAGGGCUAUGUGAACUUUGUGCCGCACACGUGCGGCCGUUCCGCGAGUACUGACACGGCUCUAACCCCCACCGUCGAGCGAGACGUGAGCGCUGAGAUGAAGAGAGAAGUCGAUCGUACGGCUAUAUCAACGACCAUCAGUCGAUCGGCCAUUUGGGAUCUCGUUCGGGCUCAGUUCUGCGGAAGUGCUGACACAAGCGUAGCCGUCGUCGGGUUGUCAAGAGAGUACGUCAUCCCCCGAGUAAAUCGCGUGAGAGCUGAGGAGUUUGGAGGUUCCAUCUACGGCCAGAUAGAAGUCGCACCAUGGCGGUUGGCGACCGACAGCAAUUUUCCGCUCUUCCACUACUCUUACUAUGACAAGUCCAGCAAGACCCGAGAGCGUAUCCUGGGUUGGGGCCACCCAGUCCUGAUAAACAUGUUUAAGCAGAAGAAGACAUCGCUCUUUGUGGACGGAACGUUGCGGUGUGUUCUGCCCAAAUUCAAGCAGUGCAUCGUGUUCACGACCUACGAUCGCCCAACAAAAGGCUAUUAUCCAUGCGCGUUCGUGUUGGCUACUUCGAAAAAGUACACGGUGUACUUCAAUGCUAUUUGGCAUGUUCUAGACGCGACGGACGAUGCGAUGGACUCAGAAUUCGUGUACUGCGAGUUCGAGGCCGGCCUAAUUCGAGCGGUUGGUGACUUUUUCCCCAGUGCGGCCACGAUGGGUUGUCUGUUUCACUUUAAACAGGCGUGCAGAAGACGUCCGGAUCCAAGAUCGUGA